AUGUUCUUGGGGGCAAUCCUUCCUCCCGCCGCCACGCCUCCAUCUGCCCGCCGACGCGUCCGACCUCCGCGCCGACGCGGACGACCAGCGCGGCGACGCGGACGACCUGCGACCGCCGCGGACGGCCAGCGCGCGACCCCCGACGACCAGCGCGCUGCCGCGGACGGCCAGCGCGGCCCCGCCGACGGCCCGCGCGCUGACGCGGACGGCCAGCGCGGCCCCGCCGACGGCCCGCGCGCUGACGCGGACGGCCAGCGCGGCCCCGCCGACGACCCGCGCGCUGACGCGGACGGCCAGCGCGGCCCCGCCGACGACCCGUGCGCUGACGCGGACGGCCAGCGCGGCCCCGCCGACGACCCGCGCGCUGACGCGGACUGCCAGCGCGGCCCCGCCGACGAGCCGCGUGCUGACGCGGACAGCCAGCGCGCGGCCACGAAAGAACCGCGCGCCACCGCGGACGGCCAGCGCGCGGCCGUCGACGCCCCUGCGCCGACGUGGACGGCUGGCGCGCAGCCGCGGCUGAUCUGCCCGCCUGGUUAUACACUCCGUUCCGUCGUGUUCCAGGAGGAAGGCGGACUCCAGCCCAUCGCCCCUUCUGCCCCCACCGGACCUCCUCCUGAUGAGCCCGGACCUGAGCCCGAGUCCCCUGGUGAUCCUCCCUCCUUCGCACCGGAUGUCAACAAUCCUCAAAGCGUAGAAACUGCCAUCCGUGCCUACCGCAACACACUCAACGACCACCUUCGCCGUCAACUGCGCUAUGAGGACGACAAGCGCGCCUACGACAAGGCUGCUGCCCGUCACCGCGACUACCUCGCCCAACUCACCACGUACACUGCAUGCCUCACUAACUACACCUCCGACAUCGCUGCGUGGCGCAUGGCUGACCGUCGAGCUCUCGCCAUCCUCCUCGCCACUAUCCCCUCCUCCCUCAAGCGAGAACUCUCACCCACCUCCUCCUCCCACCUGUGGCAACUGCUUGUCGACCUCUUUGACCGGCAGGACAUCGCCACCCUCUAUGCCCUCAUCAAGGAAUUUGGAUCCAUCACCAUGGAUUCCACUGCCGGCGCAGCCGCCUUUACUCGCCGCGUCCUUGACCUUGCUCGCCGCCUUGCAGCACUUGGUGUUACUUACCCUGACACCGUCAUCUGCUGCCACCUCCUCGAAGGCCUCACUCCUGCCUUCGAUGCCCACAAGCUGGCCUACAUGCAACUCCUCUCCAAACAUGACACUCCCGCUCAAGUUGCCCAGUGGAUUAUCACCACCGAGGCAGACAUCCUUCGCCACUCCUCCUCCACUACCGCGGUAGCACAGCAGCGCAACGGCAAAGGCGGACGUGGAGGGGGGCGUGGAGCAGCAACCGUUUCCCGGCUGGACCGCUGGGAAUGCAGCCUCUGCGGCCCACCUCUCCGGUCCCUCCCCUGCGCCGUCCACAGGUGGUAG